AUGCCUCCAGUUCCCACACUCGGCAAGCGUCCGGUAGUGCUGCUAACCAACGACGACGGGCCUCCUUCAGACCACUCUCCAAAUAUCUUCCAGUUCGCGAAGCAGCUCAUCAACGACUUGGGAUGGGAGGUGCGCGUGGUCAUCCCGGACGGCCAGCGCUCCUGGGUCGGCAAGGGCUUCGCCAUCAACCAGAUCAUUACCGCAGCAUUCUUUUACCCACUGGGCAGGUCCAACCCCGAUGGACGGCAAGGCGAAGUUACUACGGCGCGUCGGCCAUUGAAAGAGGGCGAGACGAUGGAAUGGGUCCUCCUCAACGGGACACCAGCCACGUGCAGCAAUAUCGGACUGCACAAUCUGUAUCCCGGCGAGGUAGACAUGCUAAUCUCGGGGCCGAACCACGGACGAAACUCGUCGGCGGCCUUUGCGCUGAGCUCCGGCACCAUUGGGGCCGCCAUGGCUGGUGCACUUGCAGUGCCGAUCGCGGGGCCAAGCGGGCAGAAGCGGACCUUCAUGCCCUCCAUCGCACUCUCUUACGGUGUGGUGGAACGGCCUGUACCGCCGCGCGCGCUGGAGUUGGCCCACGAAGUAGCAGUCGGCGUGUGCAAGCGUCUCUUCGACGACUGGGGAUGGGAAGAUGAGGCAAAGCGCAAUCCUGUCCAGGUGUACAGUGUCAACGUGCCCCUCGUAACGGAGGCCAUCGAGCUCGCGAACCGCAAGGUCUGCUUUACCACCAUGUGGCGCAACACGUAUGGGCAGUUGUUUGUGCCGACGCAGAAGCCACCGCAGGAGGAGACCAAUUGGAGCGCCGCAGACAAGGUGCAGCAGCCAGACGACGCAGACACGCUGCAAGACGUCGACGGUCCGCUCCGUUUCCGCUUUGCACCGAACUUCCACCCCCUCCUUCACCCUUCACCAGAGGCUGUGCCGGAGGGCACGGACGCGUGGGCGUUCUAUCACGGAUACACGAGCGUCACUCCUCUGUUGGCCAACUUUGCCGAGCUCCAGGACCCAUGCCAAGGGUUUGGAGAUGCAUCGAACGGCCGUUUCUGGUAG